AUGGUGGAUCUGCAGCGAUGUCAACGGCGCUGGGGUUCUUUCUGGCUGGCCAUGCUUGCUGCAAUUUGGUGGAGUCUGGUCAUCUCGUAUGUGGCUGCUCCGUGCAAGCUGGUAGACGAGUCUGAAGUCGCAAUGGCCUUGUUUGCCUGUCAACACUUGGAGCACCUGCCAGCCUAUCUGUCCAGCCUUAGCUUGGUUAUGUGCCUGGUGCUGUGCAUGGGUCUGGUGCCACAUACAGCGCUGACCGCCCCACACCUCCGAUGGGACAUCCUGCCUCACAGCUUAGGCUUCGUCACGUUGGCAGCUGGCAUCCUGAAAGCCUGCGUGGCCACGAUGAGUGAUGCCCUGGAGUUCGGCGGUAUCAUAACAGGGAGGGCGGCCGCGGUGUACCUUAGCAUGAUGUUGCUGGUGAUCUCCAGGCGUUCAGUCCUCGCGGAGUGGCAUGGCCUGGACUAUCCGAUGACGAUCGCUUUUCACCGUGUGGUCGGCUGGUGGGUUGUCGCAAUGAGCCUGAUUCACUCGAUCGCUUUUGUUGUCUUCUACCUCCGGGAGGGUGGCCUGCGCGAGCUCGGGGAGGCAUGUCUCCCAGUGAGCCUAACAUGCGACGAUCCGACAGCGCGCUCCUGCUGGAACACUCUCGGGCUUGUGAACGGCUUUGGUGUGGUUGCUACGACAGCAGUGAUCAUCUUGGGGGCCCUCUCGCGCGAGCAGGUUCGGCGCCGCUUCUACGACGUGUUCUACUACGCCCACCUGGUCGGAGCCUUUGUGUUUGUCCUUUUCUGCGGCCUCCACGACUUUCAGAUGGUGAUUCUGAUGUUUCCAGGCGUGGUGCUGUACGCAAAAGACAGGACAGUGGCCACCAGACAACACGUGGAGGUAGCAGUCGAGGUCGUGUCUCGCAGUGAUGCCGCAACGUUGCUUCUGCUGUCGUGGCAUUCUGCGGAGCAGGAAGCGUCGCAGCUGAUGCCGGGCUCCCGAUGGGUCUAUUUGCAGGAGAAAAGCAUCUCCCGACUCCAGUGGCACCCCUACUCCACCAUCCUUUGUGGGAACUGCGCCCAUGUUCUACUGAAAUGCAUGGGUGACUGGUCCGGAUCACUUGGUGAUGUGGUCGGUUCCGGCGUGACUCUGCGACUGGGGAUCGAAGGCCCAUAUGGCAAGCCUCGGAGGCCGCGAAAUGCAGAGCCCUGCACUCUGCUGCUGGUGGCAGGAGGUGUGGGCAUCUCUCCAUUUCUUGACCUCUUGUACAACCUAAAGGAUCUCCGCGGCCGGUGGCAGGAGAUCAAGCUGGUGUGGGCCGUGCGGGGUGAGGAGUACUGCGGGCUUGCGGCAGCGGUGGACCUCCAGGCCCUGCGCCGGAAAGCUGACAUUUCGAUCUUUAUCACGUCCGAAGAACUGGUGGAAGCCGACGUUUGGAUCAACAGCCGGGUCGCACGAAUCGGGCCAGAGAGCGAGACCCCAAAGCACCUCCCGAAGAAGGUGCCCGUCGCCCUCUCCUCGGCGCUCAUCGUGAUGGGUGCGCUGGCCUCUGAUGUCAUGGUGCGCCAGUGGCUCAGCAGGGCGCGGCCCAUGGCAAGCAGUCUGACAGAGUAUGCCCUGCUAUUUCGACUCAUGCCCCUGUUAAUUGUCGCCUUUGCCGUCCUGCUGCUGAUCCUGGCCCUGCUGCUGGUGGCAAAACUUGUGCGAAUCCGAGGCCACGACUCGCAAAGCGGACCUGCCCCGAUAUCCCUCGGCAUGGCAGAGGGUGUGCAUGGAGAGAGACCUCUCAGCAUCCAGCACCGGAAGUUGGACCUCUGGGCGCUGCUGGAGCAGGAGGAGGACGACCCGAGGGAAGCCACUGAGCCGAUUGCCGUUUGCCGUUUCAAGACGCAGACGCAUUGUCGGGGUCAUCGGAGCGCGCCAAAUGGGGACGCUGAACAGAACCAUCGCCCCAUCACGGACUUUGAACGCUUGCAAUCCUUGCGCUUGGGACCCAUGGAUGACUCAUGUGCUCAUCAACGUCACGAAGGCUUUUCCCUUUUUCCACCCCUGAACCUGCGGCCGAGCCAGGCAGCCGCACAGGAUGAGCCGUCGGACAUCGUGGACGACUUCCAGAAGGAAGCGCGCCUCUACACGAAUGCUUCGUUCCCUCGGCACCUCCAGGUAAGCUCCAAUGAAGAUGUCGUGGACAUCCAGUACACCGGUCUUGAGUGGUUCCCGCCACUGGAUCAGAGCCCUCCGGGCCUCUUCACCGGUGCCUGCCUGUAUGCCGGGACGAACUACACAUCCUGGCGAAUUCAAACAGAUAAGACAGUGUAUGGAAGUUAG